AUGGCAGUGGCAGGGGAGGCAACAGCAGUGCAAGUGGCAGCAGUGCGGGUGGCAGCAGCGCGUGUGGUAACAUGUGUGGCAGUAGCGGCGGAGGUAGUAGUGUGGGUGGCAGCAGCGCGUGUGGCAACAGGUGUGGCAGUAGCGGGGGAGGCAGCAGUGCGGGUGGCAGCAGCGCGUGUGGCAACAGGUGUGGCAGUAGCGGGGGAGGCAGCAGUGCGGGUGGCAGCAGCGCGUGUGGCAACAGGUGUGGCAGUAGUGGGGGAGGCAGCAGUGCGGGUGGCAGCAGCGCGUGUGGCAACAGGUGUGGCAGUUGCGGGGGAGGCAGCAGUGCGGGUGGUAGCAGCGCGUGUGGCAACAGGUGUGGCAGUUGCGGUGGAGGCAGCAGUGCGGGUGGCAGCAGCGUGUGUGGCAACAGGUGUGGCAGUAGCGAGGGAGGCAUCAGUGCGAGUGGCAGCAGCGCGUGUGGCAACAGGUGUGGCAGUAGUUGGGGAGGCAGCAGCACGGGUGGAAGCAGCGCGUGUGGCAACAGCACCUGCUCUCACCACAAGCACCUGCUCUCACCACAAGCACCUGCUCUCACCACAAGCACCUGCUCUCACCACAACCACCUGCUCUCACCACAAGCACUUGCUCUCACCAUAA